CCUGAGAUGCUAGCCUGUUCAAAAGAGGAAGCCGGGUUUUUCCUACCUUACUAGUAUCUCUGAACAGAUGGUAUCUCCCCUUCAUCAGUGGCGAGACCUAAGGGAUCACUGGAUGCAUAAAGGACUUUGCUAAAUUAGCAGAGACGAGAAAAAUGGCAACCCCCAUAGACAGGCCCGAGACUGAGGAGGGAGUCAUCUGGACCACACCCUACGAGUAUGAGUUUACAAUGCUGUGUGAAAAAGUCAAGGUCCAGGUGCUGGGGACCCAGUUGCUGCCGCCGCUGUACGCCCUGGUGUUCAGCGUUGGUCUCCUGGGCAACGUGCUGGUGGUGGUGAUCCUCACAAAAUACAGGCGCCUUCGCAUUAUGACCAACAUCUACCUGCUCAAUUUGGCCAUUUCUGACUUGCUCUUUCUAUUCACCCUGCCCUUCUGGAUUCACUACGUCAAGUGGAAUGAGUGGGUUUUUGGCCAUUGCAUGUGUAAGCUGCUCUCAGGGUUGUAUUACAUGGGCUUGUACGGGGAGACCUUUUUCAUCAUCCUGCUGACGAUAGACCGGUAUCUGGCCAUCGUCCACGCUGUGUUUGCCCUGCGGGUCCGGACCGUCACUUUUGGUAUCAUAAGCAGUGUCCUCACCUGGGCCCUGGCAGGGCUGGCAGCCCUCCCUGAAUUUAUCUUCCAUGAGUUCCAAGAGGAGUCUGAACAGGGUUUCUGCAGUUCACUUUACCCAGAGGACGAAGAGGACGCCUGGAAGCGUUUUCACGCUGUGAGGAUGAAUGUCUUGGGUCUCACUCUGCCUCUGCUCAUUAUGGCUGUCUGCUACGCCGGAAUCAUUAAAACCCUCAUCAAGUGCCCCAGUAGGAAAAAGUAUAAGGCCAUCCGGCUCAUUUUUGUCAUCAUGGUGGUCUUUUUCAUUUUCUGGGGACCUUACAACCUGGUUCUCCUUCUCUCCGCUUAUCAAACAGUCUUCUUUGAGACCGACUGUGAGCGGAGCAAACAGCUGGAUGUGGCCAUGCUGGUGACGGAGGUGAUCGCCUACACACACUGCUGCGUCAACCCUGUGAUCUACGCCUUUGUCGGAGAGAGGUUCCGGGAGCACCUCCACCACUUUUUCCACAGGCACAUGGUCCAGCCCCUGGGCAAAUACAUUCCAUUCCUUCCUAGCGAGAAACUGGAAAGAGCCAAUUCUGUUUCCCGAUCAACAGGGGAGCAGGAACUCUCAGCUGUAUUUUAGGUCAGGUGCAGAAAAUCGCCAAAAGAAAUGCACUGGGCCGAUGAAGCAGAUGCAUUACACCAAUUACCUUGACCUCUACCCCGUUCUUUGAACUUCCAGUGCCACACUGAAGCUCUUGAAGACCUCAAAAUAUAUACAUGAUGAUGGCGGUAUAUCUAUGCACCCCAAAGUCAUUACCAGAGGUCAACGGCUGGGCAGUUUACUUAUCAUCAACCCUGAAAAGCAGAGCUUUGCUUGAUUCUCUGAAGAGUUACUUACAUUUUAAUGCACCUGACUAUUAGUUCCUACAUGCAGCUACAAACAGGUAAAAGCUUUUAUAUUUUAAAUCUUAACUUCAGCCAGCUAUUGACAUAAAUGAAACAUUUCACAAAGUAUAAUAAAUCAAUUACAUUACUUCUUAAUGUGCCUAGCUCUUUCCUUAUUUGAUGAAAAGGCUCUUUUAAAAAAAAUGUUUAUGGCUAUGUACUCUCAAGCAACAUAAUGGCAUGUCACACCUGUUCUGAAUAUUCUUAACAGUGAAUUGAUUUCCUGUUCACAUGGAAUACCCUAUUUCCCAUGAGUGACUGAAUAGAAGAAGAGCAAUUUGGUCUUUUCAGCAGAAGAAUGAAGGCCCUGCUCAUAGAAACUUCUUAGCCCUGAAAUGUGGAGACAUUAUCCUCUUGACACCAGUCGUGCCAUUUAUCCAACAGCUAUGUGGGAGGUGAUACAGACAGGAUGCACAAACAUUGCUUUUGGUUAAGUGAAGGAUGAAAAAUGUAUAAGACAAACACAACCCUUGCCUCCGAGAAAGCUUCCAUCUAGUUGGGUUGUAAGACAGAAACAAAUAACUCCAUUGCAAAGAGGAACACACGCAAUGCUAUGUCUGGGCCAGGAAGGGAGAGACUAUAUCCAGUUGGUACCCCAGGAAGACUUCACGGAGGAAGUGGCUUUUGAGCAGGUGUAUGAAGGAGGAGCAGGAUGGGAAAGGGAGAGGAUUUGGAGAGGCACCUUAAGCCAACAAAAUGCCCAAUACAAACAUGACAGGGAAGGGCACGAACAUGUGUGGAUGGUGGGGUGGGUUGGGGUAGACCAUGAAUUUCAGGCAAAGCAUCUCAGGCUUUGUUGGGAAUGCAAGAGGAGCUAGUGAAGGGUUUCAAGCAGGGGAGUAAAAUAAUCAAGAUGGUGCCUUAGGAAGAUAAAUAUGGUAACACAUAGAGGAUGGAGUGGAGAUCCCAGAACCACACAGGGAGGUAAGUUAGGAGACAAGUGCAAUGUGAAGACAAGGAAUGAUCAACAGCUGGUAAGAGAGGUGCCAGGGGCACCAAGAGAAGAAUUUGGCUGAGACAGUGUGAAGAGUCAAAUCACCAGGAGCGAUACAGGGAACUGAAAAAAAUCAAAGGGCAAAACAAGGUGUAUCAUAUGUUUUUUAAAAAAUGAUAUACACACACAAGCAUUUUUCAUUGUGCUUACCGUAUUUCCCCAAAAAUAAGCCCUAGCAUGAUUUUUCAGAAUGACAUCCCCUGAAUAUAAGCCCUAAUGCGUCUUUGGAGCAAAAAUUAAUAUAAGACCUGGUUUUAUUUUCGGGAAACACGGUAUAUGCACCGACCAUCUCUUAAAGGAUACAAAAGAAAGCAACAAUUAUCUUUAG